ACCCGCUUGGUUUGGUGUCGGUGAGCUGCUCAAGCACACUUUAACAAUCUGGAUACCAGGAUCUUGAAUAUAGGGGCCUGCCAUUGAAAGAUGUCUCUUUACUGGAGUCUAACCUGUGUGGGACUUCAUUUUACUUAUGUGAUUGACAGUCAUAGGUCAGCAUUUGUGACUGCAGAUCAACAGAGGAAAUUCAAUGUUCACGCUCUGGUGCAUGCAUCGGUAUGCUCGACCUGGCGUGUGUGUGCGUGUGUGUGUGUGUGUGUGUGUGUGUGUACUCUAAUUACAUUGGUCAGGAAAGUAGGAGGAUCCUACAGUGAGUAGACUGCAGGAGAACUGGCCAGCCUUGUACUACGUAUUUCACAGCGGAGUACUCGAUGUUCUUGUAUUUUUGUUUGUUUUGGUAGGCUGUGUUAUUUUGAGCAAACAUUAAAAAUGCAACGGGUGCUGUUCGAAGAUACGCAAGACAAGUUCAGGCGUGUCUGCAGCGUGGGCUCAACUAUGUAUUCACUUUAAACUUUCUGCACUCGUUUAUAAACGGCUUACUGUCACGUCGCGCUGACUGGUCGCUGUCGGUUUCGAUACCGGAUUUAAGAGCAUGUGAAGUGAGCUGGUUCCCACUCGGACAUGGAGGCACCCGAAGCACACUCGGAGGGCUGUUUUCACCGGACGUUCUCGGCUCUGACCGUGGACGACGUGUAUGAAAUAGCCAAACUGAUCGGCACCGAGGUGGAGAAGCUCAUCGACGGCGGGGGCAAAGAGAGCGUCGCGGGUCUGGUGCCGAAAAUAGUGAAAGUGCUGGAGCUCCUGGAGAACUUCGCGUCGAGGAACCACGCUCACACGCUGAAGGAAGAGGAGCUGCUGAAGACGUUCGAGACGAUACAGCUGCAGCAGAAGAAACGUGCGGGGAAAGAAAGCGACGAGGGCAACGACAAACAUGAGAUACGGGAGCUGCAGCAGAAGGAGCAGCAGUGGAGACGGAGGUGUGAGGAGCUGGAGGCCCAGGUUCAGCUGCUCCAGGAGGAUAAAGAGGAGCUGCAGAGCAGACUGAAGGGCAGCCAUGCAGAGGAAGACCGGACCCAGCGGCAGGAGCGAGAGGUGAUGCUGAAGCUGAAGGAGGUGGUGGACAAGCAGAGAGAUGAGCUGAGGGCAAAAGCCCAGGAGAUAACCACCAUUUCCAAAGAGGCAGAGGCGCUCCAGGAGCAGUUGGAGCGCUUCAUGAAGAUGAACGCGGAGCUGCGACACAAGCAGAACGUGCUGCAGGCCCAGCUGAAGAGCACCGUGGAGAGGAAGGCCGACAUGGAGGCCGACCUGAAGGAGAAAAGCAAAGAGAUAGAAAACCUCCAAACACAGCUGGACAAAAGCAACAGCGACAGCCCUUCCAAGUCGAGUCAAACCGCUCGCGAGUCCAAGAAAAAGACGUUAGUUGACCAGAAGGAUCCCGAUCAGCCGUGCUUCACCAAGAAGGAGGUGCGUGACAUCAUUUUUGAGAGGAACGAGCUCAAAACCAACCUCUUCCUGGUGCAGGAGGAGCUCAACUACUAUCAGAGGGAGAUCCUGAAUGAAGAGAGGUGUCCAGGUUUCCUGUUAGAAGCCGUCCGCUCUGCCAUUAAGAAAAGGAGAAAGCUCAUUAAGGCAAAGAUGCUUGGCUUUGGUGCAAACGACUCCAGCAGCAGUGACGAGGAGGAGAGGUGUUCUCUGUUCAGGCAGACAGAAGUAGAUGGCUCUGAAGUGGACGGGACUGACAAACCAGCUGAGUCACGCAUUCGAAACCUCUUUGGCUUCCUGACGCGGUCGGGCAGCGGCCGGAGCCCCACCCACAUGAGCAACUCCGCCUCCACUUGGGAGAUCAUCAGAGACUCAGAGGCCGCCGACGAGACGGGGCUGGGACCGUCCCCCUGAUCCGGGUACUGACCUCUCGCUGUGAGACACCCUUCUGCCCUCAGUCAGGACUUCUUCCUCAGCUUGAGACAGAAAAUGUGGUUCAGGGAGAAAAAAAUCACGUGGACAUUUGAACGCAGCACCAGUGUGUGAAACACAAAAGCACUAUGUGAGUGUGUGGGAAAAGAAAGUGAAUGGAACACUUUUUUUUGGGCUUUAUUUCAGUCAUAAAUAGGCUACUUUCAUUUCCCCUUUUGUUAAUUUCACUCUUGCUGUUUGUCCCCUUAUUUUUCCAUAGAAGUGAUAAAUAAGUACAUAUAGUAUACUAGUAAUACAGCAGAUAUAGUACGGUGUACCACACUACUAAGAGGGAUACUUUUUAACCGCACAAAUGAUACUUCUAUGUAUGAUUCAAGUAUAAAUACAACAGUCUUUUGAUGUAUUUUUCAUUGUGAGGAAAGUACAAAAAUGGGUUAUUGCGCAUAUAUAUUUAUAUAUAUCCUCAUAUUUAUAUAUACAUUUUUACCAAAAACCAAAGACAUUACAAAACGUAUAUGAAACUCUCCCCUCCAGUUAUAUUGAAGCAGUGUGUAUGUUAAGUUCACCUCUGUCCUGUUGGUCAUUUUAUUACGAUCAAGAUUUUACCACCAUUAUAUCAAGUCACUUUUACCUCAGUCGGGGUAUUUUUAAGGCAUUUGUUGACUCGUGUAUUUUUUAUGAUUUGAAGCACUUUUAUGCUCAAGGACAAAAAAAGAAAGUUGUCGUCAUAUUACCAGUCUCUUCCAGCAGUGAGUGCAUUUUAAUCCAGUGAGCCUUAAUUUACUGCUUGUAUUGUUGUAAAAUAUAUUUUCUUAAUUUUCCAUCAUUGCAGAGAGUCAACGCCUUUGGUUGGUGUGUGUUUGAUGCUGGUGCCAUAAAUGUGUAUGUAAGCACAUGUAUUCUGUCUGCACGGUACCAGCCUCUGCAGAUCGGUUACUUUACUCUGUUCCCUCUUAAAGUACUAUUUUGGGGGAUCUAUUGGCAGAAAUGGAAUAUAAUAUUCACAAGUAUGUUUUCUUUAGUGUAUAAUCACCUGAAAAUAAGAAUACUUGUGUUUAGACCUUAAAAUGAGCAGCUCCUCGUCACAGAGCCGGCUGCAAUGUUUCUACAGUAGCCCAGAAUGGACAAACCAAACACUGGCUAUAAAGAGGGCCAUUCACAUUUUUGUGUCAGCCAACGUAGUUCUCCUACAAUCUUGGCUCGCAGGAGACGUUUCAUUUGGUUGCAAUGUGCAACCUCACCGCUAGUUGCCGCCAAAUACAAUACUCUGAACCCUUAGUGUGUGAUUAUAACGCUACUCAGACAAUGACAGACCUGUGGGGUAUUUGUUGAGACAAUGUAUGACCUUCCAAUCGGAGCAUGUUUUCCUAAAAUACUGUGUUCACAGUUUAUUUUUGUAAGCACGUUUUUUCUGACAAAACAGAUUUAAGAUGUCAAUUGCCAUAUGAGUAAUUUUUAUUGAUGAAAUGUGAUAAAAACUAUUAAAAAUGUGGAUUUUCUGCGAUGUUGAGAUUUGAAGCUUCAAUAAAAUCCAUUAAACACA